GGACCUAGGCAGUCGGACGUGGUGAGAUUAUCUCGGUUUUAUGUACGAAUCCAUCGUACGUACUAAACAAACGGUGUCGCCCCGGUAUGGUAUGGAAUUCACAAUUUCAUGGAUAAAACCAAUCGAAUUUGUCAGAGAAAGGGAAACAUCCUUGAUCAUUCCGUUCGUCGAGAUAUCAUAUCUCGUGCAGUGACUUAGAAAUAUAAAUAUCUAGAAUCAGAGACCUGACUUUAUCUACCACCCCUCCCCUCAUUCUUCCUUUUCCCCCAAUCGAGCUUCAUCAAAAACCACUUACUACGUGUAGUCAUGGCUUCCCUGAGUGACCAAGAAGCCUUUGCAAUUGCAGUCGAAGAAGCCAAGAUUGGUUAUGAAGAAGGUGGCGUCCCGAUUGGUGCAGCUUUAGUCUCAAGAGAUGGGAAAUUGUUGGGCCGGGGCCAUAAUAUGAGAGUCCAGAAGGGGAGUGCUAUUCAUCAUGGAGAGACAUCCGCUCUAGAGAAUUCGGGUCGCCUCCCUGCCUCAGCUUAUAAGGGGUCCACCAUGUAUACAACAUUGUCUCCAUGUGAUAUGUGCACGGGAGCAUGUCUUUUGUACGGGAUAUCACGAGUCGUCGUGGGUGAGAACAAUACUUUCCUCGGCGGCGAAGCAUACUUGAAGCAAAGAGGAAUUGAAGUUGUCAACAUGCAAAGCAAAGAGUGCCAGGAAUUGAUGGAAAAGUUCAUCAGUGAGAAGCCAGAAUUGUGGAACGAAGAUAUCGGGGUCGAGAAGAGGGUCCACACCAAGGAAUGAUCAAUACGCUUAACGAUUUGGGUAUCACUUGGUUAAUCGGUGAAUCUCUUGGAAAUAGAAUUUCA